AUGCAAAUCCUCUCGGACAACGACCACCCACGAUCCCAGACGCCUGUCACCGACGCAUCAAUGUCCACCCAGGUUGUCACCUCCACACCCGACGUCUCUUCUUCCGGCCUCCCACUCGAGAUUCUCGAAAGGAUCAUCAAGGACGCCUGGACGGAUGCCUGCUCGCAAGACGAACAAGCCAACCUUUACUGGACGCUUUUCACUACGUCCCCAGUCGUGGCUGCCGUUGUCGCAAGAGUCGCCAUCAAUUUUCCGACCCUUUACAUCGAUUUGGACGCUCCAACUGCCGGCGCAGACUCCGAACUCUGGGGGGAGGCUGUAUUCGACUACAAAUGUCUCACCAACACUCCACGCUUCUCGUCCCCUCCCACAGGACCUCGAUCCUUCCCCAUCGGUCACAAUGACCCCUCCAUACCCCCCGUUCUGCACGUCAAGCUCUCCGCAGACCUUGGAACACUAUGGGAUGUCUCGGAGAUCGCUCCUUGA